UAAUGUUUACUUCAAAAUCCAACUCCGUCUCUCCUUCCCCCUCCAUGGAUCCGACAGAUCUGGAUGCCUUGGAUAUCCGCACCAAAGUGCAGCUGUAUGGAGUGCUCUGGAAGAGACCGUUUGGGAGACCGUCAGCCAAGUGGUCCAGGAGAUUCUUUAUCAUCAAGGAAAGUUUUCUGCUUUACUAUGCUGAGAGUGAAAAGAAGAACUUUGAAAGUAAUCGGUACUUCAAUAUCCAUCCAAAGGGUGUCAUACCUCUUGGUGGUUGCAUCGUAGAAGCCAAAGAAGAAUCCAAUAUGCCUUAUGCAAUGAAAAUCUCUCACGAGGACUUCCAUGGCAACAUUGUACUAGCAGCAGAAUCAGCUUAUGAGCAAGCCCAGUGGUUGGAGAUGCUUCAGGAGUCUGGAAAAGUGACCUGGAGAAAUGCUCAGCUGGGCGAAGCGAUGAUUGAGAGCCUUGAAGCUCAGGGACUACAACUGGCCAAAGAGAAACAGGAAUAUUUAGAUAAACUGAUGGAAGAGACAGAAGAGCUAUGUCUGCAGAGGGAACAGAAAGAGGCUCUGGAGCAUCUCAACCAAGUAUUGGAGGCAGAAAAGCAGCAGUUCGAAGAAGUAGUACAAGAUCUUCGAGGGGAACAGGAGCAGAUUAAACGAGAGCUGGAAAUGACUGCCCAGUCCCUCAAAGGAGUAGAAGAAGAAAAGAAAGGACUACAAACUCUGACAGAAGCAUUACAGAAGACGUUGGAGGAACUCUCUCUGGAAAAACAAAGCAUGCUGGAGAGGCUGGAAGAAGAUGGAAGUCAUUUGCAGCCCCAGAAGAGCCCUUCGGAGCAACCUAGUGCCGCUGGGGACCUGCAGAGUAGCCUCCAUCAGAUUGAGGAGAAAAUGCACCAGCUAUUGAAGGAGAAACUCUUAGCAGAGAAAAGAAUGAAGGAGAACGAAGAACGCUCCCGAGCUCUGGAAGAAGAAAGGGAGUUCUAUUCCUCCCAGUCACAGGCCCUGCAGAAUUCCCUAUCUGAGCUGACAGCCGAGAAGCAGAAGACUGAGAGAGACCUCAAGGCAGAAGUGAAGGUGCGUAUGGACCUGGAGAAACGCUUGCAGGAGGCUGAAGAGGCCCUGCAGAGCCUUGAGCAAGGCUUAAACUGCAAGCAUCGCAACAAAGAGAAGGAGGAAAAAAUGAAAGCUGAUGUCAGCAAUCUGAAAAAAUUCUUUGAAGAAUGUAUCCGGAAUGCUGAAUUAGAAGCCAAGAUGCCAGUCAUUAUGAAAAAUUCUGUGUACCUUCACAAGGCUGCCACUCGCAGGAUAAAAAGCUGCCGAUUUCGUCGUAGCAGAUGCAGCAAUUCAUGGAAUAGUUUGCGGCAAUCACAAACAUUCAUGUACUCAGAAGCAGAAAACAUAGAAGAGCUGAAGCAAGCUGCCAAGAUGCUAAGCCAGGACCAUCACUUCCGGGAAACCAUCUAUCAAAUCAUGGAGUCGCAUCAGGAUUCUUCCUUGGUCAACAAAAAAUGAAGCUCGCCCACCCUAUUGUCAGUUCUAGACUCAGCUUGUCAUUUCAUUCAGCAAAAGCCAAAUUGAUUUGUCUAGAAUGCAGAAGUAUGAUAGCAGUAGAAUGUCAUGAGGAAGUGAAUGGAACACUUUUCUUGGUAGAGUUUCAUGGCUGGACCAUUAUUGUCAAUAAGAGGGUUCCAUAUAGUUUGCUGUAACUCCUUGGCUGUCCGUUCCUGUCAUAUUAACUCACUCUGCUUUCCUCUCAACUUCCUUUAUCAAGAUCCAGACAGUCCUUUAAUACAAGGAGAAAUACCUACAGUACAUGAAACAAGUACAUCAGGUGAUAAGCCUAAGGAGUAAAUAAUCUAUAAAGGGAAAGAUACUACAAUUUGCUUUUUUCAAAUUUCUCAUUGGAGGCCAAUGAUGGUUAAAAUUAUUUUUGCUUUAUGUGCGGGCAGUUCUCCAAAUACUCAGAAAGCCAAUUAUUGAACAGUUUUCUGUAUUCACGAUAAUUUGGUGGCUAAAUCAUCAUGCUUCUAACAUAUUAUGCUAUGCUCCCCAUUUCCUCUGUGUAGAAGAAAAUUUCUAGGGCAGAAAAUUGUCUGAUAAGAAUUAAUGAUUUAUCUCUUUAUGGUAUCUAUUGGCAAAUAUAAUGCAUAUCAUAAGUAAAGAAUACCCCAUAUUUGCUUUUGGGGAUCUCUUUUCUAAUACUUGCAUAGCAUCUGCUACAAUCUGGCAGCUGUCAACUCCAGGAAAUCACCUUUAUUUCUGACUCUUCCCUUCUCAUGGAGAGAACAUGUCUGUUUCUGGGUUGCUUAGAUGCUUGUGAACCCCCUGCUUCUCCGACAUGUUUCAUAACAUAAUCCCUAAGGACUGUCCUAGAUAUUUCUUGGAAAAUUCAGCAUCAAGAGCAAUGUCAACAAAAGAUGAUGUGGUGUAGCGGAGCUUCUGAGGUGAUUUGAUUUGAGAAUGGAGAGUAGAGUGGAAAACAGAGCAGAACAGGAGAAAAGCAGGUUAAUAAUACUCCCACAUAGCUAGUUGUGCUACUUCCAGGUAAGAAAAUUAUCUACUGAUCUGUUGGCGGAUGGACAUUUGGAGAAAAAUCAGGGCUGCCUUGAUUAAAUGGGGAACAGCCAUUUCUGCUGGUGUCCCAGUUUCUUUUGUCAAUAACAGUCCCCAACUGUUACCGUUUAAAAUAAUUCUAGGGUCCUGGCUAGGGUCAGAAUCAUCAUGGGCAGAUAAAGAAGCAGCUUAGUUCCUCACCCACCCACAAAUUCUUUUUCUGUAUCUAAGUCACAGAUGCUGUGAAUCUGGAAGGGCUGAAAAGAAACAUCCAUAAAAAGAAGGUGCAUAAAUAAGCUUGUUAGGCUGCUCUAGAU